AUUUUAAGAUGUGAUGUACAUCACUGUCCUAGAAGUGCGUGCGCAUUAAUCCACUGUAUAAAGUGGGGUAAAUAUAAUCACGUGUUCAGCGAUGGCCAAUGAGAGUAGAAAAACCCCGUGAUAAAAAAUUACCUGGCUUGGCUGUUCAAGGGGUAAGAUUUUAAAAAAGUACACAUACACACCAUAUAAUAACCUGACGCAUGUAAAAGAGACGAGAGACCUCGUCAUGUCGACCACGAGUCCCAUAAGCAAUUAUUAUGUGGAUUCUUUGAUAAACCAUGUCCAUGAAAGCGAGGAUGUGUUGGCGUCGCGGUUCUUAGCCCCGGAUCUUCUCACUACGGGUUCCCAUAAUACAGUGCCGGAUUGUUCAGAAUUUUCUUCCUGCAGUUUCCCCCCGAAAUCUCCUAUCUUUACCUCAUCCUGGGGCGCAGUUCAGUCCCAAGGGGUCUACCACCCAUACACCCACCAACCUCACAUUGGGACAGAAUCGAGGUAUGUUUGCUCAUGGCUGGAUCCCAUAUCUGGAACAGUAUCCUUCCCAGGCUUCCGGACUAACAGUAGACACUACGGACUCAAACCCGAUGGAUUUCACCAGCACUGUACCGGAGACAGCAUCGCGUCUAACGGCCGUGGAUACCCGGACUAUUUCUACACCUCUGCGGAUAUGCGUGACAAAACACAGACGAUCAUUCCGUCUCCCGAAUCGGAGGUUUUGGCUUCCAGUAAGCACGAAGACAAGCCAGAAUUCGACCCAAGCAACCAGGUGGCGAAUUGGAUACACGCUCGUUCAACGAGGAAGAAACGGUGUCCGUAUACAAAAUAUCAGACUCUCGAACUCGAAAAGGAGUUUUUGUUCAACAUGUACCUUACAAGGGACCGUCGAUAUGAAGUUGCUCGGGUUCUUAAUUUGACCGAGAGACAAGUCAAGAUUUGGUUCCAGAAUCGGCGGAUGAAGAUGAAGAAAAUGAGUAAAGAGAAGACAGAAAGCAUAGAGCAGUAGCGUAACUAUGGACACACUGACUCGUACAUAUUCAGAAAUAUUCCACUCCUGGACUGGGGACAGUGAUUUAUCUUCUUGUGAUAUAUAUUUUUCUUUUUCAUCGGAUAUUUAGCCAUAGAUCUAUUGUUAGCACAGUUUAACUCAGUCCCACGUUUCGAUAUCACGUGCAUCUUGCUUGAACUAUUUAUUCUUUAUUAGGCCUACUGUUUAAAGACAUGCGAAUAUCAUAUUUGAUCAAGAGAGUUAUGGGGUAAGAAUAAUUGCGCUUGUAGGGGGUCUCUUCAAAAUGUAGUUUUUUUCUUCAUUUUCUGUGAAAUGUUUUUGUUUUCAAUUAUUUAACAUUUUUUACAGUAUUUUUUCAUAUAAUUUCUUUCAACAUAACUAUCUUAUUGGCCUGCUCUACAUUCUCGUCAACUUUAAAUAUAUUCAAAAUGAUCUUUACUUCUUUUCAGAAACUGUUCGGUUAUUCUUCUUGAAAGGUUAAAUAUGCCUUUACAAUAUGUAUUAACACUGCCAGCAAUUAGGCUACGUGGUGAAAUGGCUUUACAAAACGCUAUCAAAAUAAAUGAUAUAAUUAACAGUCAGUUCUUGAUGGCAAAUGUAACAGACUAAAGUUACAGACCACUUCUUAUUGAAAGCUUGUGUGACCUUUAAUUCAAGUUCUAUAUUUUUCACGGCUUUUUUGACCACUGAAGGACAACCUUCGCGACAGUUUCUCAAGCAUUUUGUAAAUGGAUUGCUCUGAGUUUAUAUAGGCUACUCACUUCUAUAUAUUUUCUUAUCAUAAUAGUAUUUAAGUAUCAGAUUAUUGCAACCAUUUCAACCAAUAGCUGUAGCGUGAUAUUCUGGUAGCCUACUAAAAACAUUUCUGUAAACACUUUAGUUAUAUAUAAUGUAUCUGCUGCAUAGCAUAACUUAAAUUUAAUUAAAACAUUUAAUCAUAUCUAGAUAACUUAGAUUAGUUUACACCGGUUGCUGUCUUUGACCACUUGCAGGGGUUUAAUGCCUUUGUUAUUGUUGUUGCCGCCUUAGCCUUCAUGUAUCACAGAGACUCUAUUGAAAUGUAUCCGUUAUAGUUUAAUAAAGCAUGCAACAUGAAUAUACGACAGAGGCCACACAGUAGCUAUGAAUUAAUAAGUCUUAGGCCUAUGCAUAUCGUAAUGCUGACUUGCAAUCACUGAAUCAAGGUGAAUGUGCAUGCGCAGGCACAUCAUUUUGCAAUUUUUUGUUGGUUCUCAAAAUUGUGAUGGGUAGACCGAAUGAUGUGCGGUGUGUAAAAUUAUUCCAUAUCUACUGGUGAGACGUUUGUUUGUCCGUAUUGGUCGCUAAAGUAAAUGGGCUUUCCUCUUGAGCUGUCACAAACAAUACUGACAGGAUACAGAGAUUUUAAAGCCCAAUAUAGUUGGACACUUCCCUCGCAGAGCACAGAGAAAUGUGGGAUUUUAUGGCCCUGCUUCGAGCAGCUCGAAUGCAAUCUAAAACAAAGAAAACCUGUCUGGCUAGACGUCUGGGCUAAAUUACUUUAUUGUUUUUAUUUGAGGGUAUUGUAUCCUUGUUUCAAAGAAAGGCUGCAAACGUGACUCCCUCCGCCUUUCUUCGCUAGGAAUGUAGCAGAACGGGGAUAAAAGAAAGAGAAGGGCACCAAAUUACACUUCCUUUAUUCCUAAUCGGGCACACUGGUUCUGUCCACUGUGAAUGGUGAUUUCCGUUAUUCUGAAAAUGUGUGAAUGUUCAGCUCGUGACCAUCUCAUUACAACUUCGGCCCUUAUAUGACAUAUAGCUGAUACGUGUCCGUCUUACCAUAAUUUCUAAUAUAUAUAUAUUAGAAAUGAUUAGAAUUCAAACACGA